CAAUGGUAAGAGGUUCGAUUCGCUUCCCCGAAAAAUGUUGUCAUCUUUGCCAAAAAUAAUUUUCCUUCGCUAUUUGUGACGAAGGGGGUUGGUAUCGAGUGUUCGAGCGUGAAAGUUUACCUCCAGAUAAACUCGGUACGGUGUUAGUACCCUGAAAUAAGGUGGCAAUGUGAUAUCGGAGCAGCGUGCUCUGUCAAGUGGUAAUAUUUUACACAUAAGUUGUUCCCGGGUAAGGCCUUGACAGGAGUCUAUACGGGACAACUCUCCUCGUCGCGCACCAUCUCCGUCGAUCUCAGUACCAUAACAUGGGCCUCGAACAGAUGCCAAUAAAAUUGACUAUCAACUAGCUAAAGGUAUGGACCAGAACCAUGGAGUUUCGGAUGGAAAUAUAAACAUAAGUGAUGUCAUUGAAGUCAUUCAAACGGAUCCUGGGUUUGUGGACUGUCAAGGAGAAGAACAGAGCACAUUCAUGAUGUACUCUGGAGGUGGCGUGGAGAAUGUGGGGAUGGGCUCAGUCGGUGCAGGAGGCAACCGUAAGCCACCGUAUGUCAAGAUCAUCGAACAACCAGCGAGCAAAGCGCUUCGUUUUCGAUAUGAAUGCGAAGGCAGAUCCGCUGGUAGUAUACCAGGGGUGAAUAGCACACCCGAAAACAAGACCUUUCCUAGAAUACAAGUAGAAGGUUACACGGGUCGUGCAAUCGUUGUAGUAUCCUGUGUUACUAAAGACCCGCCGUAUAGGCCACAUCCGCAUAAUUUGGUUGGUAAAGAAUCAUGCGACAAAGGUAUUUGUACUCUGGAAAUCCCUCCUGAAAGUAUGACGGUGACGUUUUCUAAUCUUGGCAUUCAGUGUGUCAAAAAGAAGGACAUUGAGGAGGCGUUAAAAGUGAGGGAAGAGAUUCGUGUGGACCCCUUUCGGACGGGGUUUUCGCACAGAGCUCAGCCUACUGGCAUUGAUUUGAAUGCAGUCAGGCUUUGUUUUCAAGUAUUUUUGGAAAGUUCGAAAAAGGGAAAAUUUUCUGUUGGGUUACAACCUGUUGUUUCGGAUCCCAUAUUUGACAAAAAGGCAAUGUCAGAUUUGGUGAUAUGCAAAUUGAGUGACUGCUGCUGUACAGUAGCAGGUGGCAAAGAAAUGAUUCUGUUGUGUGAAAAGGUUGCCAAAGAAGAUAUUAAAGUUAGGUUUUUCGAAGAGCGUGAUGGACAAGUAUUUUGGGAAGGUUUUGCUGAUUUCCAACCUAUAAACGUUCACAAACAGGUAGCGAUAACAUUCAGAACUCCACGAUACCGAACUCUCGAAGUGGAUCAUCCCGUAAAAGUCUUCAUUCAACUGCUCAGGCCUACAGAUGGUGCGACGAGUGAACCACUUCCAUUUCAAUUCCGCCCUCUAGACUCAGGUAGGCCUGCAUUCUGGUUAUUGCGCAAGGCCUUUGCGAGGAAGAAGGCCGAUUACAAUACCUUUGACAAAAUUUUAGCCACUGAGGCUGCACUGCUAUCAAACGCUAGCCCUAAAAUAUCUCGAACUAUCGAUGAGUUCAAUAACAAUAAUCUUGAGUUUGAAAAGUCGCACGAUAAACUUGCCGCUCUGCGAGCUCUGAAUGAUCUUUACAAAGUCAAAAGUAACCAGGAGUCGCGCAAUAAAGCUGACUCCCUUAAUUACGAUGAAAAAUCCGGUUCCCAUUCUGUCACCAACUGUAUUACCGAUACUAAUAAUGUAGCUGAAACAGAAUUUGCUCCAGAUACUGUACACAAUAAUAAUUGUAGUAACUCUGUAGUGAAUGAUGAGCGUAUAGUGAAAAAUAACGAGCUAGGUUUUGAACAACUGAACAGUCGCGACGAAAUAGGAUUCGAACCUUUCCAAAAAAACUCUGUAACUGGCAAGAAUGCAGAAAUGUCAGAUGGAGCUAGUCUUUCCAAAGGUGGUAAGUCCGACUGGUUUGAUUACACAGAGGUUGGUAAGUGGGUAGACAAAACUCGAGAAGAAAAAUUGAAUGAGAACGUUAAUGAUAAUGCAGGGAAUGGAGAAGAGGGUAGUGAGUCUUUGAACGAGCUGCUUCUCUCCGCAGUGGCUGAAAGUGAUCAAAUCUAUGCUGACAAUCAGGUGAAAUUGUUGAACGAUGCUCUUGAACAAAACCUUGGGGAUCAGCCGAUGGAUGUGGAUGUUUACGAUAAUCAAACCUAUACCAGUCUUCAAAUGGCUAUGAAAAAUCCCAUUCAGUUACUAAAUCCCCCAGAGAUUACAACGGAUCGAAAGUAUGAAGAUGUUGCUUUACCUACGCAAAGCCCUAUCAUAUCUAUAUCCCCGCCACCUCUUGCCCCGAAAAGAGAUGUGACAAGAGACAUGGACGAAAGACUUCCUCCACUCCCACCCAAAAGAAUUCGUAAAACUCCAUCGAUGCCUGUUUUACCUGUUGUCCCUACCUUGCCGCGACCCUCGUCGACCCAUACUCUCAACGAAUCCAGCUCCAGCCCUAAAGCACCUCAAAAAAAUUUACCUUCACCACCUAACACACUGACAAAGCAGUCCAAGCCUGGCUUGUUUUCAAAACUUUUUGCCAAAAAGGCUAAGAAAGAAAAGUCUGAAACCUUGACUGCGGAAGCUACACCUGAACCAGGUAGUCAAUCAAAUUUGAUCAUAGGCAGCAGUGCUUCCACUUUAUACAAAGAUAGCCUCAACAAUUUAUCUUCAUCCAGUCUUCCACGACCAAGCAUGACUAGCGUAACCAGUGUCAAAUCGCUAAGACUGGACGGUGACGAGUCCCCACCUUACGGGAUCGAGCUUACAGAAGCCGAGCACUACGCUCUGUAUACUACUAUGGCUCCUCAUGCCACUGCCUCUGAGUUUGAUGAAAUGUCGUUUUAUUAUAGCCCUGUGGAGGGGGGGAAAAUACUGUCAGACAAAAUCGAUUCCUAAAACAUCAUUUAGUAGAUUGUCGUAAUUUGUUAAGCGAUUGAGUUAGUUAUGCAUAGCCAAGAAGCAAUGACACUACCCGAUGUGUUUCCUGAUUGUUCAGCACCUAAGAAAUAUUUAAUAACUUUGACAUACAUGAUCUUACAAAGUCAGAUUCAACAUCCAUUUUUGAAGUCC